AUGAUUUGUCUACGUGCUUUGACGUUCUUCCAAUUGAGUCGUAAAGACUCCGAAUGGCUACACCUUGAUGAUAUUAUCCGCACGUGGAUUUAUGGUACUAUUAGUCCUUCUCUUCUUAAAUCUAUUGUCCGUCCCGAUGAUAGUGCUUUUGAUGCUUGGACUCGCAUUGAGAACAAUUUUCAAAACAACAAAACUUCCCGUAUUCUUAACCUUGAGUCUCAAUUCAAUGAUAUUUCCCUUGCUAAUUUCCCGAAUGUGAAGGCUUAUUGUAACGAACUUGAGAAUAUUGCUACUUCUCUUAACAAUCUUGGCACUUCUAUUUCCGACAAUCGGUUGGCUCUUCAAGUUCUUCAUGGUUUGACUACCGAUUACCGUACUUUUCGAUCCUUGGUUCAAAACAUGUCUCCCGUUCCUUCCUUUGAUACUCUUUGA